AUUGAUCAGUGCACCGAAUGCUUUAGUGAGUUUUGUUGUGUGUCGUGCCAUAUUAUUAUUUUUUUAAGUAAAAACCAUAUAAAUAAUAUUUAAAGGACCACGUACUAUACUUAGUGAUGCAUUUUAGGAUAUCUAUAAUACUAUGUUGGGCAGUCCUUAUGGGAUUUGCGACUGCAACUCAGAUCCAACGUAGUAGUAAAGAUUUUAACUUUAACAAUGAAGAUGCCGACAUUGAGGGCAGUGGAUAUCAUGGAGAGGUGACCCAAGACUUGGAAUCGAGUGGAUCUGGUUUAGGACCUGACGAUGAGGAUGAUACUGAUGAUGAUAAAUCUCGUUCUUAUGUACCACCAGUGAAUAAUCCAGUAUCACCUGGACAAACGGAAACUGAAACUGAAAAAGGACCUGUAGAAAACAAUCCCCCUCCGGUUCCCACUGAAGAUUCCACAGUCAAAAUGAAUAAAAAGCAUGAAGAUCGCCCCGCUUCAUUUUUUGCCCAGCCCGGCAUGAUAGCAGCUGUUAUCGGUGGAGCAGUUGUUGGUCUUCUGUGUGCUAUAUUAGUAGUGAUGUUCAUAGUUUACAGAAUGCGUAAAAAAGAUGAAGGGUCGUAUGCUUUAGGAGAACCAAAACAAUCUCCUAACUCGAAUUCGUAUAGUAGAGGAACAAACAAAGAAUUCUUUGCCUGAAAAUAGUUGUUAUGAAAAAAUGGACGGUAAUCUCGAGAGUCUGCAAAUCGCUCAUCCAUAAAGCUCAGGCAGACAUUAGGGACUGAAUCAUCCGCUUGUAGUGAAGCUUAUAUGUUAAAUAAAAACAUUUACAAAACGUCAUAACAAAAAACGCACAUAUUGCAGUAGAGGAUACUUUCUUUUUGUUAAUAUCUAUGUAUAAUACGUAAUUGUUUUGUCAUGAUUAGGGUUUCAGUAAAAUAAUUUUUUAUAAAGGAAUAGAGAAAAAUAAUAUUGGGUCUACUAUUGCCAAAAACUGCCAACAGUGUAAGUAAAUAAUUGUGUAUUAUUAUACUUUUUAAAUUAAAAUCAUUCAACUUCUAUAUUUCAGUGUAUAUACAAAUAUAUAUAUACACAUAUAUAAAUAGAUGUACUAAAGAGAAUUAAAUGUUUUACGUCCAUUUUUAUUUUGAGUAUAUAGUACAAUUUUCCCACAUUAUUAACUUUCAUUUCAUUGUUAAUAAGUAACAUUUUUUGGGGUACUAUAUGCUCAAAUAAUACUUAAAUGUACCUAUUUAAUAUAUAGUAAUAACUAGAGUAUAAUAAUAAUAAUAAUAAUUGGUAAUAGGAACUAGUAAAUAAUACUAUGCUAUAACUAAUCUGUGUAAUAUUUUACACAUGCUAAGUAUCGUGCAGCUUUGAUAAAUUACUUUUUUCGUCUCUAAUUGAUUUCAUUUGAUAUAUCCUAAACUAAACUAUUUUUAUAUCAUUAAAUUUAAUUUUAUGUAGAUAUCUGAAAAUAUUUAUCUCGGAAAGCAAAUUGUUUAGUAUUAGGGGAUAUAAAAUAAAAUUGAGCAUAACUUUAGAAACACUUUUCCCAAAAAAAAAAAAAAAACAAAUAAUACGACAAAGAUUGUAGGUUUUUUUAAACCGCGUUAAUUUUUAUUAGACCGUAGUAACACAUUUUCAUGACAGCUGAUAUUAAAUCAACAAAGUUUAAUUUUUACAAUGUUUGAAAAGUAAAUGCCAUUCCCAAAUUAGUUAAUAUAUGAUAGAAUAAACUAGACAUUCCUUGAGAUUCAUGAUUUUUAGGACUGUUUUAGAGUUUUAUAUGCAACUCAUUGCGGAUUAGAUGAGAUUUAUUUGAUCUGGCGAAUAGUGUAUUACAAUAUGUAAAGGUAUGUGCGGUUUUCAUGUCAUACUCAAUUGUGCAUCUGAUGUACAUGCUGCAUCACACAAGAAAAACGCACACGUCUCGAAAACUUAUAAAGCUCUGGAAUAGGACUUCUGUUGAAGUGUCAUUAAUAAAACAAUACAUCUCAAUACAUAUUGUUUUUUUUUAUGGCAAUAUAGACAAAAAGAUAACUGGAACCAAACAAAGGAUUAGUAUUCUUAGUGUCUAAUUUUUUUUUUUAAUGAGAAUUCCUGGCUGUUGAUUGGAUAGGGAUACAAUUUACUUUAAAUUUGGAAUUUUAUAUUCAUAAAUGAACUUCAUUUAGAUGAAAUAGAUAUAGUAUAAUAGUAAGCGAUGCAAAAUAUUGUCAUAAUGCCUUGUAUAUUAUUAUACCACUUACUGCGAUAUUUAUAUCCUAGAUAAUCAAUUUUAUUUUGUAAACCGAUAAGGCCACUUGUGAACUUUAAACGAAAAUCUUUAAUGGUAUAUAAAUAUAUCAACGAUACAAACUUCUUAUUAUAAUAACUUUUUUUAAGAAACUGACUGUAGGUAUUCAAGAUUGAAAUGUAUAUUAUUAGAUUAAAAUUAGAAUAAUGUUGUACAAUCCAGUUGUAAAUAAAUAAGACUAAAAAUUAA